AUGGCUCACAGGAAGCUUCAGCAAGAAAUCGACAAAGUCUUUAAAAAGAUUAACGAAGGUCUGGAAAUCUUCAAUACAUACUAUGAGAGGCAUGAGAAUUGCACGAAUAAUCCCUCUCAAAAGGAUAAACUGGAGGCAGAUCUGAAAAGGGAGGUUAAGAAACUUCAAAGACUGCGGGAGCAGAUCAAAUCGUGGCAAAGCUCGCCGGAUAUAAAGGAUAAGGACUCGCUGCUGGAUUACAGACGAUCAGUUGAAGUCGCGAUGGAGAAAUAUAAAGCGGUUGAAAAAGCUUCUAAAGAGAAGGCGUAUUCUAACAUGAGUCUGAAGAAGUCAGAAACGCUGGACCCUGAGGAAAUGGAAAGGCGAGAUGUCACGAAUUAUCUGUCACAAUCAAUAGAUGAGUUAGAACGCCAAUACGACGCCCUUCAGGUGGAGGCAGACAGACUGAUAUUAUUGAAUAAGAAAAAGAAAACAGCAACGGUAGCUAACGAGGAGAAGAAAAACAAGCUGAAAGAAAUGCAGCUGAGGUAUAGAUGGCACCAGCAGCAGAUGGAAUUAGCGCUACGACUUAUUGCGAAUGAAGAGCUAAAUCCUCAGGAUGUUAAGGAUAUUGAGGAUGAUAUCAAUUUUUUCAUAGAAUCCAAUCAAGAACCAGAUUUUGUGGAGGAUGAAACUAUAUAUGAUGGACUAAACCUCGACUCUAAUGAGGCUAUUGCGCAUGAGGUUGCUGCCUCUUUUGCUGCACAAAUGAACGACGAAUCAGAAGAAGAAUCUUCAAAAGACUCCUCAAAGUUAUCUAAAAAAGAACAAAGGAAGCUCGAAAGAGAGGCCAAAAGAGCGGCAAAGGCCGCCGCCAAGGCUGUCACACCUGGAGAAGAGCAUGCUAAUAUAUCAGGACAAAAUGAUUUGACAAAGUCUGUGGACUCGGUAGAGCAAUCGAAAGAUUCUGUCUCUGUUAGUCCGUCUGCUUCACCUUCUCCCGUUCCUUCAUCCAUGGGUGUUAGUAUUCCUUCCACUGCCAAUACUACGUUACCUAAUGGCACUUCAACAGCCGGAAGUUCGGUAGGAAUUGUGAACAGAAAUCAAGGGACACAAGUAAAAAUACUUUCAAGAGAGAGUACCCCCGAAUUACAAGGUCAUACCCACAUUCAUCAAUCUCUCAAUGGAAUCACUACCACUAGUACUUUGAAGCCCGCAACUGUGCCUGUGAGACCAGCCGGAGAUUUGCGGUGGGCAGUAGCUGCCACGCAAGCUGCUGAAAGAGAAAAAAAAAUCAAUGCUUCCAAUGGAACUUCUACAAUUUCGGCCUCCUCUUCUAACAACAAUAGCAGGAAUACAAGUGUAUCCAACACUCCUGUUCUUCCGACCUAUUCUCUAUCUACAAGUCAUGAGAAACCUUCAUUGGCCUCCAAAGUCUUGGCUGGCGCAGUAACUAAUGGACAGCAGCAGGGAAACAACCAAUCAUCUCCAAUUAUCAAACACUCCGAACUCUCCAAACAAACAGAUGUGCAAGAUGUACCAUCCUCUGCCAUGGAACCAGAACUAGUUGAUGAUUACGACUCAGAAGAGUCUGAUGAGGAUGAACCACUUAACACGGAAAUAAUUGAGUUGAGUGAAGAGGAAAAACAGAGGAGAGAACAGGUAACUAAUCAUUUGAAACAUGUCCUUUGCGAUGACUCGGAGCUUCUUCUACUACCUGGUGGUAUUCAGGAUAUGAUUAUUAGCUCUCUCCUAUCAAGAAACAAAAUGGAAGAUGCUAACGGACGUAAGAGUAACAUUCAAACUCUCUCAGACGCUUGCCAAGUCUCACGGUUGGAAAUGAUACCUUCAGGUGUGAAUCCACCAUCUCCUUUGGAUGCUUUCAGAUCUACAAGUCAAUGGGAUUCUACUAGAUGCAGUCUUCGAGAUGAGAUAGCAACUAUUGAAGGGGAUGACGAAACUAAGCUAAAAACCCUUUUACCACGAUUUGGACCGUUGGAGACUUUUUCAUUGUUUUACAAUUACUACUACUCAGUUACUCCCCUUGAGAAAAAAAUAGCAUAUAGUCUUUUGACAGAGCGCGAUUGGAAGAUUUCUAAGUCAGGCGACACUUGGUUCCUCAGGCAUGGGAAUCCUAAGUUUUCUAAUGAACUGUGUGAAGUUGCAGAUUUUAAAAUAUUCAAGUUAGAUGACUGGACAGUUGUUGACAAACUGAAUUUCAAGCUAGAUUACAGUUUAUUGAGGAAUCCACCGGUAACACAACCGGAUGUGAGUAACGGGCAGCAGUUACUUCAGCAGUUGAAACAGGGCGGUUUGCUUGCCAAGCCAGGUUUUGUUGCAGCCCAGUAG